AUGACAGAGAGCUCAUCCGCAACGGAGUCGCGGUCGCAGUCCAAAACCGUUGGGGCCUCCAGCUUGAAAGACUAUGAUCCCAAUGGUGGAUUACCGAAUGGUCGCCCUAUUUCGAGACGUUUGUCGUCGGGGUUCGACGAGCAAACUGCUUCGUAUAUCGAAAAUCUAAGUAGAACGCUCUCAAAAAUGACAACGAGAGAUGGCCCAAUUGACAUAAAGAGCUUGGGCGACGGGAACAAUGGAUCUGGCGAUGCAGGCCAGGGUUUUAAUGCGAACAGAAUCCUGCAGGAGUUCGUGUCAGACGCUAAUGAACAGGGUGUGAAAUUCAGAAAGACGGGUGUCAUGCUUGAAAACGUCGGCGCUGAAGGUGACGAUGAAAGCGCGCUGGAGGGUGCGACGUUUGGUAACAUUUUGUUGUUGCCGUAUACCAUCUUUAAGGCUGUCGUCAAUAAGCGGCGUCAGAAAAAGAGAAAAAUUUUGCAAAAUGUCAAUCUGCUUGCGAACCCGGGUGAAAUGGUGUUGGUGCUCGGUAGGCCUGGUGCUGGCUGUUCAUCACUGCUAAAAGUCACGGCUGGUGUAAUAGACCAGUUUUCCGGUGGCGUACAAGGAGAUAUUUCGUACGAUGGUAUCCCUCAAAAGGAGAUGAUGAAGAAAUUCAAAGCUGAUGUUAUCUAUAAUGGUGAGCUGGAUGUUCAUUUCCCAUAUUUGACUGUCAAACAGACCUUAGAUUUUGCAAUUGCGUGCAAGACACCAUCGGUUAGAGUUCACAACGUGUCCCGCCAGGAAUACAUCGAUCAAACACGAGAUCUUUUUGCUACAAUUUUUGGUUUGACUCAUACAUAUGACACAAAGGUUGGUAAUGAUUUCGUUAGAGGUGUUUCUGGAGGUGAAAGAAAACGUGUCUCAAUCGCUGAAGCUUUGGUAGCCAGAGGUUCAAUUUACUGUUGGGAUAAUGCUACAAGAGGUUUAGAUUCUUCAACGGCCUUGGAAUAUGCGCAUGCUAUUCGUAUUAUGACAAAUUUGAUGGGCUCAACAGCUUUGGUAACGAUCUAUCAGGCAAGUCAAAAUAUUUACGAUACUUUUGAUAAGGUUACACUUUUGUAUUCCGGGAGACAGAUUUACUAUGGUAAUAUCAUGGACGCCAAGGAUUUUUUCUACAAUAUGGGUUAUGAAUGCCCUUCUAGGCAAGAUACUGCAGAAUUUUUAACAGCUUUAACAGAUCCAAAUGGUUAUCACCAAAUUAGGAAAGGUUACGAGAAUAAAGUCCCAAGAACUGCUGAAGAAUUUGAAUCUCACUGGAGAAAUUCAGAAGAAUUUUCGCAGUUUAUCACUGAAUUGAAAGAUUAUAAAGAGAAGGUUAAUCCAGACAAAACAAGAAAUAUAUACCAUGAAUCCAUGAAUCAAGAAAAAUCAAAACAUGCCCGUACAAAAUCGUUUUACACCGUUUCUUAUUGGGAACAAUUGAGACUUUGUUCAGUGCGUGGUUUACAAAGAAUUUACGGUAAUAAAUCUUAUACUGUUAUCAAUAUCGCUGCGGCUGUAACGCAGGCCUUUAUUAUUGGAUCAUUGGCUUACAAUAGUCCAUCCUCGACGAAUGGUGCCUUCACAAGAGGCGGUGCCUUAUAUUUUGCUUUACUUUACUAUUCGUUAAUGGCAUUAGCAAAUAUUUCCUUUGAUCACAGACCGAUUUUAUUGAAGCAUAAAAAUUAUUCCUUUUAUCAUCCAUCAACCGAGGCUUUGGGUAGCGUUAUUGCAAGUUUCCCAUUUAGAAUGAUUGGGUUAACAUUAUUUCUGAUCAUUCUAUAUUUCUUAGCUGGGUUACACAGAAACGCAGGCAGCUUUUUCAUCGUUUAUCUCUUUUUGACAAUGUGCUCUGAAGCGAUCAAUGGACUGUUUGAAAUGAUAGCUGCUGCCUGUGAUGACAUAUCUCAGGCCAAUGCAAUUGCAGGUAUCUUGAUGAUGUCUAUAUCUCUCUAUUCCACCUAUAUGAUUCAACUACCCUCUAUGCAUCCAUGGUUCAAAUGGAUUGCUUACGUUUUGCCAAUUAGAUACGCUUUUGAAUCGAUGUUAAAUGCUGAAUUUCAUGGUAGACAUAUGGAUUGUGGUGGUGGUUUAGUUCCAAGUGGGCCUGGUUACACAAAUUUAGAACCUGAUCAACAAGUUUGUGCAUUUGUUGGAUCAAGACCUGGUCAAUCCUGGGUCUUGGGUGACGAUUAUCUAAGAGAACAAUUUGAUUAUCAAUAUAAAGAUACUUGGAGAAAUUUUGGUAUCAUGUGGUGUUUCUUAAUCGGUUAUAUUGCAUUAAAAGCUAUCAUUACAGAAUACAAACGUCCUGUAAAAGGUGGCGGUGAUGCUUUGAUCUUUAGGAAAGGUGCUAAAAGAUUUUUGAAAAAAAAUCAUGAUGUAAAUGAUUUAGAAUCUGCUGAUAAUAUGAAUAUCGCAGAUGUUAAAGAAGAUCUUGUAAAUGGUAGUAACAGCGUCAGCUCCAAAGAAAAUGAACUCAAUGGAUUUGGCGAUUUGAAAAGUACAGGGGUUUUUCUCUGGAAAGAUGUUUGUUUUACUAUUCCUUAUAAUGGUGGUGAACGUCAAUUAUUGGAUCAUAUCUCUGGUUAUUGUGUACCUGGUACGAUGACAGCCCUCAUGGGUGAAUCAGGCGCUGGUAAAACCACAUUAUUAAAUACAUUGGCCCAAAGAAAUGUUGGCAUUAUUACAGGUGAUAUGCUGGUUAAUGGCUGCUCCAUUGAUGCAAGUUUUGAAAGGCGUACUGGAUAUGUUCAACAACAAGAUUUACAUAUAGCAGAAAUGACAGUGCGAGAAUCAUUAAUAUUUUCCGCAAGGAUGCGUCGUUCUCAAGCUGUUUCGGAUGCCGAGAAAAUUGAUUUUGCCGAAAAGGUUAUCGAAGUUCUUGAUAUGCAGGAGUAUGCUGAGGCACUUGUUGGUGUACCUGGUGCUGGUUUAAACGUUGAACAAAGGAAAAAAUUGUCAAUUGGUGUCGAACUAGUGGCAAAACCUGAUCUUUUACUGUUCUUGGAUGAACCAACUUCUGGUCUUGAUUCACAAUCUGCUUGGGCAAUCGUGCAACUGUUGAGAAGAUUAUCACAUGCCGGCCAAUCAAUCUUGUGUACCAUUCAUCAACCUUCUGCUACUUUAUUUGAACAGUUCGAUAGGUUACUACUGCUGAAAAAAGGUGGUCAAACUGUAUAUUUCGGUGAUGUUGGUGAAAACUCAUCAACAUUAUUAAGUUACUUCGAAAGAAAUGGUGCUCGAAAAUGUGAUUCGAAGGAAAAUCCUGCCGAAUAUAUUCUUGAAGCAAUAGGGGCAGGUGCCACAGCAUCAGUGAAUGAAGAUUGGCAUGAAAUUUGGAGAGUAUCACCGGAAUACAAAGUAAAUGAAGAAAAAGUUCAACAAAUGAUUAUCGAAUUAUCUGAAAAAAAUGCGCCAUCAUCUGACACAGAUAAAAAGCCUACCAAAUAUGCCACCGGCUAUUUCUAUCAAAUGAAGUAUGUUUACUUGAGAACGUUCACUACUUUCUGGAGGGAUCUACCUUAUUUGAUGUCAAAAUUUAUGUUGAUGACAGUUGGUGGUGUUUACGUAGGGUUCACGUUCUUCAAUGUUGGUGAUAGUUAUACUGGUUUGCAAAAUGCAUUGUUCGCAACUUUCAUAUCGAUUGUGAUUUCGGCACCUGCGAUGAACCAAAUCCAAGCUCGUGCCUUGGCUGCCAGAGAAUUAUUCGAGGUUAGAGAAUCGAAAUCUAAUAUGUUUCACUGGUCGUUAUUGUUGAUCACUCAGUACCUCUGUGAAAUACCGUACCAUUUUGUUUUCUCAACGAUAUAUUUUGUCUCCUUUUAUUUCCCACUGAGAAUUUUCUUCGAGGCAUCGAGGUCGGCAGUUUUCUUUUUGAACUAUUCCAUCCUUUUUCAACUGUUCUACAUCUCUCUGGGCUUAAUGAUACUGUACAUGGCACCAAACCUACCUUCAGCAAAUGUGAUUAUGGGUCUGGUAUUGUCAUUCUUAUUGAGUUUCUGUGGUGUUGUUCAGCCACCAUCUUUGAUGCCCGGUUUUUGGACUUUCAUGUGGAAGGCCUCCCCAUACACAUAUUUCGUUCAGAACUUACUCUCACUCGUUUUACAUGGCAAGGAGGUUGUCUGCAGGGGUAAAGAGCUGUCUUAUCUGAAUCCGCCUGCAGGACAAACUUGUGGUUCGUACAUGGAGUCAUUUUUGUCCACUAAUACCGGCUACGUCAAUAACCCAGAUGCAACCCAAGACUGUGCGUAUUGUCUAUACAGUGUCGGUGAUGAAUAUCUACGUCGUAUAGGAGGAAGUUAUUCAUAUCUUUGGAGAAAUUUUGGACUUUACUGGGCAUACAUCAUAUUCAAUUUCUUUGCAAUGGUAGCCAUUUACUACCUGUUCCAUGUGAGACAGGUAAGUCUUCUUGAUACCACGGCUUUGCAAGAUUUUUCUCAGCGUUUGAUAAGUAGAUUAUCACUAAGAGGCUCUAAAGAGAAAAAAUAG